CAGUCGGCCAACCGUGGCGUUUAAAUUGCAACGUUUACGUCGUCUUUCCUAAUAUUGUGUAAUAAUGGGCAAUCUAGAAUCACUCAAUAUCUCUAUCCUUUUUUAGAAUAAUCUAAGUGAAUAAAUAGACAAAUAUUUGUAUUCUUUUAUCAAUUGACUUGUAAUCAACCAGUUCACACGCAUCGAAAAGUACAGGUUGCGGGUACCUGGUACCUACCUAUAAAUUAAAAUAAUGUUAGUGGAUCCCGGUUGCCUGCCAUAAUUUCGCACACCUUACCAAAGUAUGCUGAGAGCCAAGAUACCAAAGUGCCCGUGAUAUUGAGAGCAACGAUGGAAAGUACAGUUCAAAGCAUAAAAAAGAAAAAUCCCAGGGAGGAAGCUAAUUGUAUAUCGGCCUUAUUUUUCUUUUACAUGAUCCCUACCUUCAUACAAAAUUACAGAAAAGGCGUAAAUCGAGAUGAUGUAUACGAACCACUGAAAGCGCAUGCAUCGGCGACUUUGGGCGAUAAAUUAGAAGCACUAUGGAAUGAUGCCACACGUAAAUAUGAAAAGUUUGGUUUGCAUGUGGCUCUCUUCAAAUUAUUUGGAUUCGAGUUAAUCUUAAUUGCUGUUGUGAAGUUGAUAUCGGAAGUCAUUACAUUGAUUGUUAUGCCAAUGUGCGUGGAUAACUUGGUAUCUUACUAUGAACACCGAUCUGAAGCUAAUGUGGAAGAUACUUACAUUUACGGCUCUGUACUAAUAGGUAUCCUCUUCCUAGACGGAAUUGUAGAUCACCACGCUAUGCUAGCAAUUAUGCAUGUCUGUAUGAAGAUGAGAGUUUCGUGCUGUUCGUUAAUCUACAGAAAAUCCCUUAGAUUAAGCAGAACCUCUUUGGCUCAAACAACAGUCGGUCAGGUUAUAAACUUACUAUCUACCGAUGUGAGCAAGUUCGAUCAGACAUUCGUCUUGUAUCAUUACGCUUUCUUAGGGCCUUUGGAAACCAUGAUUGGCACGUACCUACUUUACCGAACUUUAGGUGUAGCCGCAUUCGCUGGGAUAGCGUUCUUGUUGUUGUUUAUACCAUUACAACUUUAUUUGUGCAAAAAAAUUGCGGUGCUAAGAUUGCGGACUGCUUUCCGUACAGAUGAAAGAGUACGACUUAUGAACGAAAUUUUGAACGGAAUUCAAGUAAUUAAAAUGUAUACCUGGGAGAAACCGUUUGCUAAGUUGAUCGAUUUGGCUCGACGGCACGAGAUUGCGUCCAUUCGAUCACACUUCUUCCUAGAGUCUAUCAUGUUUUCACUAGAAAUGUUUAUCACAAGAACGUGCCUGUUUAUUAGUCUGGUAGUAUUUAUUGCAUUGGGUGCAACCAUGACGGCUGAUAUAGCGUACGCUGCUACCUCGAUAUACUCUCUUCUGCGACCGGUUAUGACAAUGCUAUUCUCAAUCAGCAUAGCAUCGUAUGCCGAAGUUCACAUAUCCAUAAAACGAGUACACUCAUUUUUAUCCUAUGAGGAACAACCUGUGGAUAGCCCUGAAAGUACAUCACCGCUAAUCCGAUUAAUCCCAAACAUUUGUAUUAAAGAUGUUUGUGCGAAGUGGAUUAACACUUCAUCUGAUAAUAUCUUAACAAACAUCAAUCUCGAUCUGCACGGAAACAAUUUAACUGCGAUAAUUGGAUCAGUCGGAAGUGGAAAAAGCACCCUACUGCAUCUCCUCUUGGGCGAACUUUACACGGCGAGUGGCGAUGUGCGAAUACGAGGAACUGUUUCGUACGCCCCCCAAGAAGCUUGGCUAUUUUCAGCUAGUGUUAAACAAAAUAUACUGUUUUGUCACGAUUACAAUGAAGAAAGAUACAAAAAGGUGCUUAAAGUGUGCGCGCUAGAAAGAGAUUUGGCACUGUUUCCGUUCGGCGACCGUACAAUUAUUGGAGAAAAAGGAAAGAGCCUUAGCGGUGGGCAAAAGGCACGAAUCAAUUUGGCACGCUGUAUUUACAAAGAUGCAGACAUUUACCUUUUGGACGAUCCCCUGUCGGCGGUCGAUUCAAAAGUUGGCAAGCAUAUCUUCGAAAAUUGUAUUAAAGAUUUUCUUAAAGAUAAAAUGCGCAUAUUAGUUACUCAUCAGCUUCAGUUUCUGAAUUGGGUCGAUAAUAUAGUCGUAUUAGAGGACGGAAAGAUAGUUGCGGAAGCGACAUUUGAGGAGCUCCAAACGAGCGGUUUAAAUUUUGCAAAAAUUUUGGAUCAACAGGACAUUGGCGAAGAUCCAGUGCAAGGGGAAAAAAAGCAAAGGUCUCGUCAAAAUUCGGAAUCCUCUCAAAACUAUGAGCAAUUUAAGGACGAUGACGAAGAUACACUUGACCAAGAGGAGCAUUUGACGACCGGUCAUAUUAAAUCUGAGGUAUAUGCGAGUUAUUUCAAAGCGGGUGGUAAUUAUCUUGUCAUAAUUUUUGUCGCCUUCACCUUUAUUGCUAACCAAGUGGUUACCAAUGGUGGCGAUUACUUCGUUUCGUACUGGGUCAACCUAGAGCAAAAGGCGUUAGAAACGAACGGCACAGUAGAUAAGGACGACAUCAUAUACAUCUAUAGUGGAUUAACAGGGGGAACAAUGAUACUCGCUAUCGGCCACAAUUUGCUAUUUUUCGUGUACGCCAUGCGUGCUUCCAUAUUUAUACAUAACGAAAUCUUUCAGAAGGUCUCGCAUGCUUCUAUGAGUUUUUAUAAUUCCAAUCCCGUUGGAAGAAUUUUAAACAGAUUUUCAAAAGAUAUUGGUAUAAUUGACGACUACAUACCAUUUAUUUUGAAUGAUAUGACCGAGAUCCUGCUAAUGUUACUUGGUGCUGUGGUACUUUCGGCUACUGUAAAUCCGUGGUUCCUACUGCCUUCAUUUGGAUUAGUUCUAUUAUUCUAUUUUCUUAGAAUUGUAUUCUUGGCAACUAGCCGAAGUGUAAAGCGACUCGAAGGGAUAAAUCGAAGUCCAAUUCUCACUCAUUUAACUGCGACAAUUUACGGACUGUCCACAAUUAGAGCUUUUUCGGCGCAGAAAUUAUUAAUUCAGGAGUAUGACACGCUACAAGAUAAACAUAGUUCUUCAUGGUACUUAUUUAUAUCAGCCAGUAGAGCUUUUGGAUUUUGGCUUGAGAUGAUCUGCAAUAUUUUCGUAUCUGGAAUAAUUAUCAGUUUAAUACUCAUUCCAAAGGGGUAUUAUGGCGGAGAUAUUGGUCUGGUACUGACGCAGUACUUGGGACUAAUGGGCGCUUUGCAAUAUGGCAUGCGACAGUGGAGUGAAUUGGAAAAUAAUAUGACGUCGGUGGAACGAAUUUUGGAAUUUAGGGGUGCACAAUUAGAGCCGAUCCGCGAUUCGAAAGCUGUACCGAAGCUGUGGCCAGAAUUUGGUAAAAUAGUAUUUGAACAUGUUUCCAUGAGUUAUGCACCAGAUUUACCUAUACUGAGCAAUCUAAAUUUUACUAUCCAACCUGGAGAAAAGGUUGGAAUAGUUGGUAGAACCGGGGCGGGAAAGACGUCAACUGUUGCCGCUUUAUUUCAGCUCUAUAAUACAGAAGGAUCGAUUAUAAUUGAUGAAGUAGACAUCACUAGAAUAAACUUAGAACUUUUGCGAUCAAAGAUCUCAAUUAUUCCUCAAGACCCAGUUUUGUUUAAAGGUACAAUGAGGAAAAACUUAGAUCCAUUCGAAGAGUAUAGUGAUGACGUCAUCUGGAAUGCAUUAGAGCAAGUGGAAUUAAAAUCUACAGUCGACGAUGCCACAGCUGGUUUAAAUAUGAGCGUGUGGGAGAAUGGCUCCAAUUUCAGCAUUGGACAAAGACAGCUGAUCUGUUUGGCGCGAGCAAUAAUUCGUAAUAAUAAAAUUCUCGUCAUGGAUGAAGCAACCGCCAAUGUUGAUCCAUAUACUGACGGCUUAAUUCAGAAAACUAUCAGGGAUAACUUCGCUCAUUGCACUGUUAUCACAAUUGCACAUCGUCUGCAUACCAUUAUGGAUUCUGAUAGAGUCCUAGUAAUGGAUGCGGGCUGUGUGAUUGAGUUUGACCACCCUUAUAACUUAUUACAUCAUAAAAACAGUAUUUUUGCUUCGAUGGUAGAAACGACAGGGAAAAACAUCUCUGGAAAACUUCAUUGUAUUGCAGAAGAGAGCUUUCUGAAGCUUAAAAAUGCUUGAUCUGUGUGAUAUUCUCAAACUGGAUCAGAGAAGUGUUCCCUCUUUCGGAAGUAUAUGACCUCGUUAUUACAAGAAAAGAAAAGCUGCAAGUGCUCAUUGAUUAUGGCCUCAUUGUAUGAUUUUUUAUAUUCUGCAGUAUUUUUUUAAAAUAAACGUUUCACAAUUG